AAUAUUUUCCUGGUUUCCGGGUUUGGCUUGGAAUUUUUUAUCCCCUUCUUUGUCAAUUCAGUUUCAGGGCUAGAUUGAAGAAACCAUGGCCAAUCAACGGGAUUAUAUCAGCAGACCUAUUUGCAAUGGAAUAUCUGUUCCUGAAAAUAAAAUCAAUUCCUUAGUGGCUGAAGGUCAUGGACAACAAAUUCUAAAAGUACUACAAAAGUUCAGAGAACAAAAUAUAUUUUUUGACUUUAAAAUUCUUGUGAAAGAUGAAAUAAUUCCUUGUCAUCGUUGUGUACUGGCAGCGUGCAGUGAUUUUUUCAGAGCCAUGUUUGAAGUUAAUAUGAAAGAACGAGAUGAUGGCAAUGUUACUAUUAGUAAUCUAUCACCCAAGGCAGUGAAAGCUUUUCUUGAUUAUGCUUACACAGGAAAAACAGAGAUAACAGAUGAUAAUGUGGAAAUGCUCUUCCAACUGUCGUCAUUUCUUCAAGUUUCACUCCUUUCCAAAGCUUGCAGUGACUUUCUAAUAAAAAGUAUCGAUCUUGUGAAUUGCUUACAGUUGCUUUCUCUAUCAGAAAGCUAUGGUUCUGUCCGCUUAUUUGAUCAUGCGCUAGAUUUUGUACAGCACCACUUUUCCUUGCUGCUCAGAUCAAGUGAUUUUUUGGAGAUGAAUUUUGAGAUACUACAAAAAUGUCUCGAGGCUGAUGAACUAAAUGUCCCUGAGGAAGAAUCAGUGUUGAAAGCUGUCCUUCAGUGGACCAAACACAACUUAGAAACACGACAGAAAUAUCUGCCUAAUUUGAUUAAAAAAGUGAGACUACACCAGUUAUCUGAAAAGACUUUGCAGGACUUUUUACAUUCUGAAGAACACUUACUUAAGAGUGCUAAUUGCUCAGUAAUAAUCAGUGAUGCAGUUAAAAGUGUGCAAAACUUUAGUGGACUGUUUCCCGAUGCACGUCCUUCAACAACAGAAAAAUAUAUAUUUGUUCAUAAAACUGAUGAAGAUGGAGAAAACAGACAUACAUUCUGCUACAACAUCAAAACAGAUAAAUGGAAAGAACUACCACAAACGCACAUGAUUGAUCUUCCAGGGUCAAGUUUAUCUAGCUAUGGAGAAAAAAUAUUUAUGACUGGAGGAUGCAAAGGGAAUUGUUAUAGGACUGUCAGGCUUCAUAUUGCUGAACCAUUUCAUGAUGCCACUGACCAAACCUGGUGCUACUGUCCAGUCAGCAAUGAAUUCUCCGUAGUGUCAGCUAUGAAAAAACCAAGGACAAUGCACACAUCUGUUGUAACCUUAAACCAGCUGUUUGUAAUAGGUGGAAAGACCAGAGGAGCUCAAGAAACCCGAAGUCUUUUGGAUGUAGAAUCUUACAAUCCUCUUUCCAAAGAUUGGAAAUCUGUAAGUCAAUUACCAAGGGGUAUCUACUAUCCAGAAGCAAGUGCAUGUCAGAAUAUAAUUUACGUCCUUGGCUCAGAAGUAGAGAUUACUGAUGCCUUUAAUCCAUCUCUUGACUGUUUCUUUAAGUAUAAUGCUAUGACUGAUCAGUGGUCUGAGCUUGUAGCAGAAUUUGGGCAAUUUUUCCAUGCAACUCUAAUCAAAGCUGUUCCAGUGAACUGUACAUUGUACAUAUGUGAUCUUUCCACCUACAAGGUCUACAGUUUUUGCCCAGAAACCUGUGUUUGGAAAGGGGAAGGAUCUUUUGAAUGUGCUGGCUUUAAUGCAGGGGCAGUUGGGACAGAAGACAAAAUUUAUAUAUUAGGCGGUGAUUAUGCUCCAGAAGAAAUCACAGAUGAAGUUCAAGUCUACCACAGUAGUAGGUCUGAGUGGGAAGAAGUUUCACCUAUGCCAAGAGCCUUAACUGAGUUUUACUGUCAGGUCAUCCAGUUUAAUAAAUAUAGGGACCCCUGGUCAUCUGUACUGACAAUUUGCUCUGGAGAAUUUUGAAAUUCCUGAGUGAAAAGAAUCUAUUUAAAUGCACAAGUUUUAGAACAGAUUUUUAGGUAUUAAUUUACAGAUGGAAAGAUAUGUACUGUUUUGUUUAAAUCUUCAGUUUAAAUUGUAUGCUAUAUAAUUGUUUUUGGAAGAAUCCAUUAAAUUGUCAUUCAUUAUAGUCAUUAUAUAGAAGUAUUACUUAAUUUUAUAUGCAAGUCUUCUCUGUAAUUACCCAAAAAAUUUGCAGAAUCAUACUAC